GUCGUAAAAUAAACGUCACGUGAUUUCCUUUUCCAUCGCGCAUUCAUCAUGUCGCACAGAAAGUUCUCUGCGCCCCGUCACGGAUCGAAGGGGUUUCUACCCAAGAAACGUGCAAGGAGACACAGGGGCAAAGUUAAGUCUUUCCCAAAGGACAACAAAUCUGCCCCACCACAUUUGACAGCAUAUCUUGGCUACAAGGCUGGCAUGACCCAUAUUGUCCGUGAAGUCGACAGACCUGGCUCCAAGUCCAACAAGAAGGAGAUAGUAGAAGCCGUAACCAUCAUUGAGACGCCCCCGAUGAUGGUGAUUGGCUGUGUUGGCUACAUCGAGACCCCCAGUGGUCUGAGGUCCUUCAAGACUAUCUUUGCUGAACAUUUGAGUGAGGAGUGCAGGAGGCGAUUCUAUAAGAACUGGUAUGCGUCCAAGAAGAAGGCAUUCAAGAAGGCCAGCCAGAAAUGGCAGGAUGAUGCUGGCAAGAAGGAAAUUGAAAGAGACUUCGUCAAGAUCAAGAAGUACUGCACUGUGGUUAGGGCCAUCUGCCACACCCAGACCAAAUUGAUGAAGAAGCGUCAAAAGAAGGCUCACAUCAUGGAGGUCCAGGUCAACGGUGGCUCCAUCUCGGACAAGGUUGACUUUAUCCGUGAAAACAUGGAAAAAUCUGUCGCCAUUAAGAGCGUCUUUGCUCAGGAUGAGAACAUUGACAUCAUAGGUGUCACCAAGGGAAGAGGAUUCAAGGGUGUAACCUCCAGAUGGAACUGCAAGAAGCUGCCAAGGAAGACACACAAGGGUCUGCGCAAGGUUGCCUGUAUUGGUGCCUGGCAUCCUAGCCGUGUGCAGUUUACUGUGGCUAGAGCCGGUCAGAAAGGCUACCACCACCGUACCGAGAUCAACAAGAAGAUCUACAGGAUCGGUGAUGGUAUUCACCAGAAGGACGGCAAGGUGGUCAAGAACAACGCCGCCACUGAGUACGACCCUACUGACAAGACAGUUACCCCUCUUGGUGGCUUCCCACACUACGGUGAAGUCAACAACGACUUUAUCAUGAUCAAGGGAUGCUGCAUUGGACCCAAGAAGAGGGUUCUGACCCUUAGAAAGUCUCUGCUCGCCUCCCACAAGAAGAGGCAGAUGGAAAAGAUUAAUCUCAAGUUCAUCGACACCUCGAGCAAGUUUGGACACGGACGUUUCCAGACCAUCGAGGAAAAGAAAGCUUUCAUGGGUCCCCUCAAGAAGGAUGCUGUCAAGGCCGAGGCCACUGCCUAGAACUGUACAUUCAUUGUUCUGUCAAUGUGGUGUUCAGAAUAAAGACAAGAAAAAUG